CGGCCACCGUAGACGGAGCGGGACGGGGCAGAAGUUGAAGCAAUUCGCUGAAGUAGCCCGUCUGCGCUCUCCCGAUGCAGCGUAUAAAGUGAAAAUGAGCAAAAAAUAGAAGAUUUCUUCUAUAUCAUCAGAAGGACAUCAUGCUAUUAAACAGCAUGGAGUUGUUAGAGGAAUCCCUCACAUUUCACGAUGUGGCCGUGGACUUCACCUCGGAAGAGUGGCAGUUCCUGGACCCUGAUCAGAAGGACCUGUACAGGGACGUGAUGUUGGAGAACUUCAGCAACCUGGUGUCAGUGGGGUAUCAAGUCAGAAAACUAGAUGCGCUGUCCAAGUUGAAACGAGCGGAAGAACCAUGGACAGCACAGGGUGAACUUCACCGUCUAGUCUGUGCAGAAAUCAUGAAAAAUGAUGAUCCUCUGCAGUAUCACCUGCAAAAUGAAAACACUCAGAAGAGUGUGGAACGAUGCUGUGAACAUAAUAGAUUAGGAAAUACUGUUAAUCAGAGUGAAGGUCAUUUCUUACUCAAGCAAAAUCAUGAUAUGUUUAAGAUACGUCAGCAACCUUUAAAAUCAAAUUUAUGUUUUGAAAACCAAAACAGAAACUGUAACCUAACCAAUUCUAGUGAAUUGAAUGGAGACGGGACAUGCAUUCUGCAGGGCAGCCAUGCACAGUUUUACACUCAAAUUAAAUUGCCUGUUAGUACGAAAAACAUCAAUAACAAUUCCCAGGUUAUUAAGCAACAGCGAACUCACAAAAUAGAGAAAGCCCACAUAUGUAUUGAAUGUGGGAAAGCCUUCAUCAAAAUGGCUCAGCUCGUUCGUCAUCAGAGAGCUCAUACCAGAGAGAAACCUUAUUUAUGCAUUCAAUGUGGAAAAGGCUUCAUUGAGAAGUGUCGUCUUAUUGCACAUCAUCGAACUCAUACAGGAGAGAAACCAUACAUAUGUAAUGAGUGUGGAAAAGGCUUUGCUGCGAUGAACACUCUUACCACACAUCAGAAAACUCAUACAGGAGAGAAACCCCAUGGAUGUAGUCUAUGUGGGAAGACCUUCUCUACAAAGUCUCAUCUCAAUAAACAUGAGAAAACCCAUACAAGAGAGAAACCUUAUAUAUGCAGUGAAUGUGGAAAAGGCUUCAUUGAAAAGUGUCGUCUUAUUGCACAUCAUCGAACUCAUACAGGAGAGAAACCAUAUAUGUGUAAUGAGUGUGGGAAAGACUUCGCCUUGAUGAACACUCUUACCAGACAUCAGCGAACUCAUACAGGAGAAAAACCAUAUAUAUGUAAUCAGUGUGGGAAAGGCCUCAGCAGGAAGAAUCUUCUCUUCAAACAUCUGCAAACACACACAGGAGAGAAGCCUUAUGUAUGUAGUGUAUGUGGAAAAGGCUUCACCAUGAAGAGUAAUCUCACUGUACAUCAGCGAAUUCAUACUUUAGAGAAACCAUACAUGUGCAAUGAAUGUGGGAAAGGUUUCACUGUGAAUAGUUCUCUGAUUUUACAUCAGCGAACUCAUACAGGAGAAAAACCCUAUGUAUGCAGUGAAUGUGGGAAAAGUUUCACUAUGAAGAGUUCUCUGAUUUUACAUCACCGAACUCACACAGGGGAAAAACCCUAUGUAUGUAGUGAAUGUGGAAAAGGCUUCCGAGUGAAGAGGCGGCUGAUUUUACAUCAACGGUCUCACACAGGAGAGAAACCGUAUAUAUGUAAUGAGUGUGGGAAAGGCUUCACCGGCAAGGGUCUUCUCAUCAAACAUCAGAGAACACACACAGGGGAGAAGCCUUAUGUAUGCAGUGUAUGUGGAAAAGGCUUCACUGUGAAGAGUAGUCUCACUGUACAUCAGCGAAUUCAUACUUUAGAGAAACCGUAUAUGUGCAAUGAAUGUGGGAAAGGUUUCACUGUGAAGAGUUCUUUAAUUUUACAUCAGCGAAUUCACACAGGUGAAAAACCCUAUGUAUGCAGUGAAUGUGGAAAAGGCUUCCCAGUGAAGAUGCAGCUGAUUUUACAUCAACGGUCUCAUACACGGGAGAGACCUUAUAUUUGUAGUGAAUGUGGGAAAGAUUUCAUAAUGAAGAGUCAUCUCAUCACACAUCAGCGAAAACAUACAGGAGGGAAGCCGUAUGUAUGUAAUGUAUGUGGAAAAGGCUUCACCAUGAAGACUUAUCUCACUUUACAUCAGCAAACUCAUACUUAGAGAAACUUUAUACAGUAAAAUCUCAAUAUAAUGCACUUAUUUGGGUGAGGGGAUAUCCAUUAAAGUCAAAAGUCCAUUAUAUAAUAA